CCUCCUUUUAGGAUUUAUUUGGUGUGAGCAUGGUUGUUCCUUUAAUGAAUCUUCAUAUCAAAUCUCUAGGAGCAAGUCAUACAGUCGCUGGAAUAAUAGGAUCUCUCUAUGGUGUAAUGCAACUAUUUUCCAGCACAUUUGUGGGCUGCUGGAGUGAUAUAGUAGGAAGACAGUAUUCCCUCCUUGCUUGUAUUCUUCUCAGUGCACUGGGUUACUUCCUUCUUGGAACAUCCACCACUGUGUUCCUGUUUGCCAUUUCCCGAGUUCCUGUAGGUAUUUUCAAACACACGCUUUCCAUUUCUAAAGCCCUGCUUUCCGACUUGGUUUCUGAGAGAGACCGCCCUUUAGUAAUGGGACGCUUCAAUGCAGCCUCUGGUGUGGGCUUCAUUCUGGGGCCUGUUGUUGGUGGCUACCUGGCGGAGUUGGAAGAUGGCUUUUAUCAAACGGCCUUCGUCUGUGCCUCUAUCUUCCUUCUGAAUGCUGGUCUUGUCUGGAUGUUACCCUGGAGUGAAGAAAAGACUGGGAAUAGGGAACAUCAACAAGACAACAAAGGAACUGACAGUUUCUCAGCAAAAGCAAAUCAUGACCUGCACUUGAAAUCAGCAACUAAGGGAGCUAUGGCAAGCAAUAGUCUUUUCUGGUCUCCUUGGAUCCAAGUUGCAACGGUGCUGAAAAGGAUUAAAGAAAUUGCAUGCUCUGAUCUGUGGGAUAUCUUUCUAGUGCGGUUGCUGAUGUCUGUUGCCAUACUGCUGUACUAUAGUAAUUUUAGUCUGGCCUUGGAGGAGAGAUUUGGAGUGAAACCCUUGUUUGCUGGAUACUUAAUGAGCUAUAGCAGUGCACUUGGAGUCCUGGCUGGUUGUCUGCUCGGACCAAUAACAAGACUCUAUCAGCACAACACUUACAGAAUUUUGUUGCACUCCAGCACGUUUACCUGCACGUUGAUUCUCCUGUAUGCAUCAGCACUGAGCAUAUGGAUGGUCGUUUUGUCUUCCACAUUCUUAGCCUUUUCAACUACUAUAGGUCGUACUUGUAUCAUUGAUCUUGAAUUGACCAUUGGUGGGAAUGAGGCCAGCGGUACGCUCCUAGGCGUCGGACAGUCUGUGACAUCUGUGGGACGUAUACUUGCCCCGCUCCUUUCUGGAAUUGCUCAGGAGUUCAGUCCGUGUGGCCCUCCAAGUCUAGGGGUUGGACUAGCUUUAGUAGCUAUUCUCAUAAUGAAUGCGAACAAACGAAAAUACUGUAGCCGUGGAAAUGUGAAGUUAAAAAAUCAAUAGACGCAAAUUUGGAUUGCAUAGAUGUAUCUU